AUGUCAUCAACGCCAGAUAUCAACCCAUAUGAGGUGUUGGGGGUUCCGAAAGAUGCGAUAUUAGCUGAUAUCAAAUCCGCCCAUCGCAAGCUCGUUCUAAAGUGGCACCCUGACAAGGUCAAGGUCAAUGAUGAAUCUCUGAGGAACAAGGCUCAGGAUGAGUUUCAAAGAGUGCAGCAAGCCUACGAAAUUCUUUCGGAUGAGACAAAAAGACAAAAGUACGAUGCGAAGGCUCGCUUAGCUGAGCUACGUCGCGAGGCGCAGGCACAGGGAGUGUCUGUCAACAUCGGUGGUGCAUCUCCCUACCCGCGGGCGAGCGGCUCGAGCGGUGCUCGUGAGUUUCGCAAUGGACGGAUAUACGAAGAGAGGACCCCGGCCGAUGCUCCCUAUUUCGAUGAGGAUCUUCAGUUCUCCGAAGGGUCGCGAUCGACAUCACGCAAGUACGACGAGUUUGGAAAGCGACCCACCAAGCCAUCAGAUGAGAAGAAGAAAACCAAAGGCGAUACUCCCAGUGCUCGCGCAGCAAAGGAUAUGGCUCGCGACAGUCCAAAGACGACCCACACCAGUCGCGCCAAGUAUCGUACCAAGGAACGCAGACGGGAAGCAUUCGAGAAAUACGACCGGGCCGUUCCUGCCUCGUCGGUUUACGUGAGGAUCAAGCGGCCCUCCGAAAAGCGCAAUCGGGACUCUUCCUCCCGCAAAGCCAGACCGACAGAGUCGUCUCGCCGGCGCGAGCCGGCGCGAUACGACAACGAUGAGUAUACCGAUGAAUAUGAGUCGAAGCACGACAAACUGCACACCACAGCCCGAGAUUACAUUAUGCGCUCCAAGGGAACCGUGCCUAUCGAGAUCGAUAGUCGGCCGCAAGGGUCCCGUUCGCCACCACGCCGUCAUAACUACGAAUCAGCAGAUCGAGAGUCAUCCUCUUCACGGCACUCAGAUAGGUCGAAGCGGCCUAGCAAGGAAAGCGUGCGUACGACCAGCUCUCGCAGUGGAUCAUACGAGAAGCUCGAAACCACGGCCCGGUCCUACGAGACAAAGGUGCCUAGCAUGCCGACUGCGGCAACUUCACCUGCAGCCAAACUUCCUCCAUCCGUCCGGCCUUCCCUGCAACCCUCGCGGUCUGCAAGCUCCGCACAAUCCCAUUCCCGCCCCAAGGGCAUUAGCCGCUCUGACAGCCUCGGACCUAUGGUCUAUGAGCUUAGCUCGCGGGCAGCGAAACUGAGAGGAACGGACAAAUACGAUUCAGGGUACUCAAGUCCAAGUACGCCAGAAAUGGCAUCUGGGGAGAUCCCGUCUAAGUCAACUCGGUAUAAGAUCUUGACGAAUCCGGAUAUGGUGGUGGUAGAACCCAGCAUACCGCCACCACAGAAGUCUCCGAGACACGCAAGGGGGUACUCACCGCCACGUCAAGAACGUCCUGCUUCAGGGCGCCCUAUGCCGAAGCCUCCAGUCCGAAGCAGUACUUACGCCUACCCCACGGAGCACUCGCCACGCUAUGAGCCCGCACCUCGUCCAAGUGCAUCCAGGCAGUCUUCCAGUCGGCCUCUUUAUCGCGAGGUUUCCUCACCAAAGGAGAAAGAGUUCAGGUACGCGCGAGAGGUGGGACCGGAGCAUAUUCCAUCACGCGAUCCUCACAUUCGACAAUCGUAUGGAGACUAUGCCAUGCCACCCUUAGAACGGCGGCAAUCCGCUUUUGCUCGAUGA